UCAUUUUUCGUCUUCAGGUCAUUGCAACUGGUUGCCCGGUAACUUUUGCGCCUUUCCGUCUCUAUUCCGAAAGAAACAAGCCGCAAGAUGCUCCGAUCUGCUGCAGUUGCACGAUGGAAUAUCAUCAACUCCGCCCGACUGAGUGCCAGUCCAUUGGCGAGUUCCGUGAACGGGGGCCAAGUAGCAGAAAGGAAACUUGAGUCAGCUUUGCUCCCUGCUAGCUCACCGUUGCUUUCCUUCUUGAACACCCUUCAGACAUCCGCUGUGCAGCGAGAUAUCGACUCCGCUGCAAAAUUCAUUGGUGCUGGAGCCGCCACAGUCGGUGUCGCCGGUUCAGGUGCCGGAAUCGGAAGUGUCUUCGGUUCCUUGAUCAUCGGUUAUGCGCGAAAUCCGUCACUCAAGCAACAGCUUUUCAGCUACGCCAUCCUGGGAUUCGCAUUGUCAGAGGCCAUGGGUCUUUUCUGCUUGAUGAUGGCCUUCUUGCUCCUGUUCGCGUUUUAGGCUCACCCGAAAUGCUUGCCGCCAAAAACCAUUAUUUCAACCAUUUCCAGGGAACACUUGUUGAGCCGGGUUUCUGUGCAAGUGGCAGUCGGCGUUGGAGGGACACUGAUCCAGUAGUGCAUGAUGAAUGAAAUACAGCAGGUUGAGCCUGAGUA